UGCUCUGAUUGCAUCUGAGCAGGGAGGGAGACCGGAAACACGGGAUUAUAUCCUUUACAGGAGCAAUGCAUUCACUGAACAUUUUUCAUACUCAAAACAUAAAUGAGUUUACUGCCAUGUUCUCAUCUGAAACACACACUUUUAGAGUCGGAGUGAAAUAUUGUCGUUUUAAAAUCCAUCACUGUUGCUAAGGUUAAGAGUUUUUAAUGGCCCCAUUUUAUUUUGGAAAUGAAGGGAUUUGAACCAACAGAAACUGAGACUUUUAUUUUGGAAAUUGCAGGCUAUUAUUUUAGCGUGGAUGAAUAGAAACUCAGACUUCUGAAAGACAAAUUGAAACUGUGACUUAAAUUUUGAAAACCGCAGGAGUGUGAAUUAAUGGAAAGAGACUUUAUUUGCAGAUAAUUAUUGUGUUUUAGAUGAUAUCUGAUACGCAGGUAAAACACUCCUCUGCAAGGAGGUUGUUUGAUUUCUGUUCAGUUUUUUUUUUGUAUUUGUGAUGUUUCCUGUUUUUCUGUUGCCAUUCAUCCUGUCGUCUCUGUCCUCAUCUCCUCCUUCGUUUCCUCUCUCCUGUCUUCGCUCGUCUCUGCUCAUGGGCAUUUCUCAUCACAAACUGUCGUCCAGUUUUAAAAAUACCGGGUGACAAACAGGAGCAGCUUCAGUGCUGGAGGCUGAGGUCAUUAAUGAGCAAACAGGAAGCAGCUGCUGCCUCCAACUAAACUCCGAAGCCACCAGUCAAGUAUUUUGCCCAGUGUCAUCUGUUUUGGUUUUUUUUCAAAAUCACACAAAAUUCAUGGCCAGUAUUUUGUAUUUAGCCCAUAUUUUGGGCAUAAAUACAUGUCCGUAGAUAAAUUAAAAUGACGCAUUUCAGUAAAUGUGUCCCUCUUCUUUUUGGUCUCUAUUACUUGCUGGUAACUACUAAAUCAGAUGCCUAUUGUACACAUGCAGAAUUAGUUUAUAGUGAUAAAGUAUCCAUAUUUUAAAAUUAAUAAAUUAUUCAAUUUGUCCACACUACAUGGCACAGUUGAUUCUCCAUACAUUUACUUUAUUGAUGUGUGAAGUUUCUCUAAAUUUAGGAGGGAUGACAAUGGAUGGUUGAUUAUCAUGAUGAUGAAGGUCAGAGUGCAGCUGCAGCCUCAUUUUAAUGUCACACACAAAAAGAUGUCCUCUGGCUCUUUCGUGUUUUAACACUUUUUACUGCUAAUGAGUCCGAGAGCAGCAGAGAGAGAGAGAGAGGGAGACACAGCCAGGCAGUGAGCGAGGAAAGGGAGGCGGGGUGAGUUAAAGAGGAGGAGCAGCAGAGUGGUGGGCUCGCUCACUCACUCACUCACUCAGUCAUUUGCAGGAUCACAGCUCAGAUGGAGGAGAAUCUGAUGGGAUGACGAUGUUUUGCUGAGAGAGAGAGAGAAAGAGACACCCUACACUCAGUUUCCACGGUGACGGCAUCCCUCCCACCGUCCUCCAUCAUCUCUGCAUUCAGCUGCUGUAGAACAGUCUCUGUCGUCAGAAUGGGAGAUAAAGGAACAAGGGUGUUUAAGAAAGCAAGUCCUAAUGGAAAGCUCACAGUCUACCUGGGGAAGAGAGACUUUGUGGACCAUGUUGACCUCGUAGAGCCUGUUGAUGGGGUUGUCUUAAUUGACCCAGAGUACCUGAAGGAGAGAAAAGUGUUUGUCACUCUGACUUGUGCAUUCCGUUAUGGACGCGAGGACUUGGACGUCCUUGGGUUGACGUUUCGGAAGGAUCUGUUUGUGGCUAACAUCCAGGCAUUUCCUCUGCUUCCCGAGGAGAAGAAGAAUCUGACUCGGCUUCAGGAACGCCUGAUUAAAAAGCUGGGAGAACAUGCAUACCCGUUCACCUUUGAGAUUCCUCUGAAUCUGCCAUGCUCUGUCACGCUGCAGCCUGGACCAGAGGACACUGGGAAGGCAUGUGGCGUUGACUUUGAGGUGAAGGCUUUCUGUGCAGAAAAUGUAGAAGAAAAGAUCCACAAAAGGAACUCAGUGCGUCUGGUGAUCAGGAAGGUGCAGUAUGCUCCAGAGAAACCUGGUCCUCAACCAACUGCAGAAACCACCAGGCAGUUCCUGAUGUCGGACAAACCUCUGCACCUGGAGGCCUCUCUGGACAAGGAGAUCUAUUACCAUGGUGAGCCCAUCAGUGUCAAUGUUCACGUCACCAACAACACCAACAAGACCGUGAAGAAAAUGAAGAUCUCAGUGCGACAGUAUGCAGACAUCUGCCUCUUCAACACAGCUCAGUACAAAUGUCCAGUUGCCACUGAGGAGUCAGAUGAUGUUGUAGCUCCCAGCUCAACCUUCUGCAAAGUCUUUACCCUCACUCCAUUUCUGGCCAACAACCGAGAGAAAAGAGGCCUUGCUCUGGAUGGAAAAUUGAAACAUGAGGACACCAACCUGGCUUCCAGCACACUGUUAAGAGAAGGAGCCAAUAAGGAAAUCCUUGGUAUUAUUGUGUCAUACAAAGUCAAAGUUAAGCUGGUCGUGUCUCGAGGCGGGCUCCUGGGAGAUCUUGCGGCGAGUGAUGUCUCCGUGGAGCUGCCCUUCACGCUAAUGCACCCAAAGCCAUUAGAAGAGUUGAUCUACAGAGACGCUCCAGAUGAAGCUCCAAUCGACACAAACCUAAUUGAGUUUGACACAAACGACGAUGACAUCAUCUUUGAAGAUUUUGCCCGCCAGCGUCUGAUUGGAGCAAAUGACAAGGAUGAGGACGAGGAGCCAGUGGACUCACCCAAACUGAACGACAGAUAAAGGCGAGAAGCCUCACCUCUGCUGCUGCUGCUGAUGGAGCUAAUGGAGGUCUUACCACAGUCUGGAUGCCCUCUAAAAACUUGGCGGUGCUGUGUAUGUGUUCUUGUUCAUGUUCGUCGUCUCUCUCUGCGUCCUGCCGGGGUGCCAAACCUAGAAUACCACAGCCUAGACAUCAGUUUAGUUUUCAGACAGUGCCAUACAGCUGACGCAGUGAACUGGCGGUCAAUGUGUUGUAACAACGGCUGGUAGCAUGCCUCACCUUGUUCUACGUGUUUCCAUUAGGGAUGGAACAGGAGUACCGUUGUGUUCAGAUUAGUUAUGAUGUGUUGUAUCAGAGGGUCUUCAUAAACAACAACACUGCCACCCCUGGUUGAUGUGUUCACCACCACAACAUGGACGUCAGCUGACAGAGCUUCAGUGUCCAAGUGGACAAAGCUGCAAAGCAAGGAGAUGGGUCUGCAGGACGUCCCAACUUGCUGAGUAGACCUUAAGCUAUCAAGAGAGCCACGAAUCAACUCAGAGGAUCCAGUGGCCUCAUUUGCAUGAAACAUGUUAACAUAUGAUUUUUUAAAUUUAAAGAUUUUUCUGCAAGUACAAGUGUCUCUGAAUGCAACAGUCCCUGCUGUAAUGUACAUUUAUUUUACAAACGCAAGUUUUAUUUGAACAUUUAUUUGAAAUGAGAAUACUUUAUUAGUGUUUGUGUGUGUGUGGUGGACUGAAUGAAUCAUUAUAACAAGAUGAGAAUAACGCCCAAAAUGUCUUUAUUAUUUAUAUUGUUAGCUUUUAUUUUGCCAAGGCCUUCGGGAAACUUUAGUUAAGUGCAAAACUUAAUGAUGUGUUUCACUGUUAAAAAGAAUCUGAUACUGAAACUUUUCAAAAGCUAUAAUAAUAAUUUCUACAGUGUAAAACAGACAAUAACUAAAAGUUUGUACUAUAGUAAAACUAUGGUAUUCAGGUCCAACCUAUUUAAGCACAUGGCCAAAAUGAGAUUGAUGAGAUUACUAUGGAUAUUAUUGAUUUUUUUCAUAGGCAACAGAUACAACACUGGUUUGCUGCUCACGUGUUCAUCUAUAGUUCUGUAUUUCCUGGGGUGGUUUUGUAACCCAGAUGCUGUUCCGUUUGCCUGUUUUGGGUCUCGUGGUACACUGUCCCUUUAAGAGUCACGGCGGGAAACAGCAAGUGAUCCGGAAGAGAGUGCGUUUGUUUUGCUCACUGGACUGAAUGACGUGGCGACAGCAAACCUUUACCUGUCUGUGUCCAGAUUCAACCUUCAACCUUCUCUCUCUAGUCACAACUUCGUGCGAUGUUUUCCUGCUAGGUGAGCACAUAAUCUAGUACCCAUGUGAUUGUAUUUAUUUGAAAAUAAAUACAUUUUUUUCUCUGUG